AUGAACUACGAGGCUCUGAAGGAGCAGUGGAGCGAGGUCGAGGACCGCGAUGGAGUCCGCCUGAGCUGGAAUGUCUUCCCCAGCUCGCGCAUGGAGGCCUCGCGCCUCGUCGUCCCCAUUGGAGCUCUGUACACGCCGCUCAAGGAGAAGCCCGACACGCCGCUGCUGCAGUUCGAGCCCGUGGGUUGCAAGCAGCCCUGCCGCGCCAUCCUGAACCCCUUCUGCCAAGUAGACGUUCGUGCCCGUCUGUGGAUAUGCCCCUUCUGCCUGUCGCGGAAUCCCUUGCCGCCUCACUACAAGGACAUCACUGAGAACGCCAUCCCGCCCGAGCUGCACCCCUCCAACACCACCAUCGAGUACAGACUGUCGCGCCCGGCCCCGAGCCCCCCUAUCUUCCUCUAUGUCGUCGACACCUGCCAGGAGGAGGACAGUCUUGCCGCCCUCAAGGAGUCCCUCAUCAUGAGCUUGAGCUUGCUCCCCGAGAACGCCCUCGUUGGCCUCAUCACCUACGGCACCAUGGCCCAGGUCCACGAGAUCGGCUACAACGAGUGCGCCAAGUCGUACGUCUUCCGCGGUAGCAAAGAGUACGGCGCAAAGCAGGUUCAGGAGAUGCUCGGCCUCUUGGGCCCCGGUCUCCGGCCAGGCGUGCCCCAGCAGCCCCAGCAGCAGCAGCCCGGCCGCCCCAUGAUGCCCAUGGGUGCCGCCACUAGAUUCCUGCUGCCUGUGCAGCAGUGCGAGUUCCAGCUCACCAAGGCGCUGGAGCAGCUGCAGAAGGACCCCUGGCCCGUUGCCAACGACCGCCGAAGCCAGCGCUGCACCGGCGUCGCCCUCAGCGUCGCCGUCGGCCUCCUCGAGACCUCCUUCCAGAACUCGGGCGGCCGUAUCAUGCUCUUUGCUGGCGGCCCGGCCACCGAGGGCCCCGGUAUGGUCGUCGGCCCCGAGCUGAGGGAGCCCAUCCGCUCCCACCACGACAUUGACCGUGACAACAUCAAGUACUACAAGAAGGCACUCAAGUUCUACGACAACUUGGCCAAGAGGACUGCCCACAAUGGCCACAUCAUAGACAUCUUCGCCGGAUGUCUCGACCAAGUUGGGCUCUUGGAGAUGAAGGGCCUGUGCAACUCUACCGGCGGCCACAUGAUCCUGACGGACAGCUUCACCUCGUCCAUGUUCAAGCAAUCCUUCAUACGCGUCUUCGAGAAGGAUGGCGACGGCAACCUGCUUAUGGGUUUCAACGCCCUCUUUGAGGUGCUGACGACCAAGGAGCUCAAGGUCACUGGUUUGAUCGGACACGCCGUCUCCAUGAACAAGAAGUCGACGUCGGUAGGCGAGACGGAAUGCGGCAUAGGAAACACGUGCGCGUGGAAGAUGUGCGGCAUCGAUCCGACAGCGAGUUACGGCGUCUACUUUGAGAUAGCGAGCCAGGGAGGCCCCACGCAGCACCAGCAGGGGCAACAAAAGGGCCUGAUGCAGUUCCUCACGUACUACCAACAUUCGGACGGGCAGUUCCACCUGCGCGUGACGACGGUGGCAAGGAACCUCAGCGGUCCGGCCGGCGACCCGGCCAUCGCUCAGUCGUUCGACCAGGAGGCCGCCGCGGUACUCAUGUCGAGGAUUGCUGUCUUCAAGGCCGAGGUAGACGACGGGCCAGAUGUGCUGCGGUGGGUCGACCGUAUGCUCAUCCGCCUGUGUUCUCGGUUUGCCGACUACAGGAAGGACGAUCCCUCGUCAUUCCGGCUGGAGAAGAACUUUACCCUCUACCCGCAAUUCAUGUUCCAUCUGCGCCGCAGUCAGUUCCUGCAAGUCUUCAACAACUCGCCCGACGAAACCGCAUUCUACCGCCACGUACUCAACCACGAGGAUGUCAGCAACUCGUUGAUCAUGAUCCAGCCCACGCUGGAUUCGUACACCUUCGACCAGGACGGCGGCCAGCCCGUGCUGCUCGACUCGACGUCGAUCCAGCCCACGCACAUCCUGCUACUCGACACCUUCUUCCACAUUCUCAUCUUCCACGGCGAGACCAUUGCCGAGUGGCGGAAGGCUGGCUACCAAGACCAGGAGGGCUACGAGAACUUUGCAGCUCUUCUGGAGCAGCCCAAGGAGGAUGCCCGGGACCUUAUCGGCGACCGCUUCCCGCUGCCUCGCUUUAUUGUCUGCGAUGCCGGCGGCUCCCAGGCUCGGUUCUUGUUGUCCAAGCUGAACCCCUCGACCACCCACACCACGGGCGCCUACGGAGGAGUAGGAGCACAGACGGCGCAGACCAUCUUCACCGACGAUGUGUCGCUCCAGACAUUCAUGGAUCACUUGAUGAAGCUGGCCGUGAGCGGAACCAACUAA